GGUAAUAUUAACGAUUUCUUAAAUACUUUAUUAAGUUAUAAAGAAACGAUCUCAAUAGGUCUCGGUAUAAUUACUAUAUUUAUUACCUAUUUUACUAAUUUACUCCUUAAGGAAUAUAAUAAGAUAAUUAUAAAUACUAUUUAUUACCUUAACGUUCGACUAUAG